GCUUGCGCACCGGCUGUGCACAAGGCGGUCACAGGUGCGCAUUGCGCUCACGUACUUGCAGUUGUGUACACACCCUUAUCGCGCUGUCCCGUUGUUCCAGUUUUCCUGGUAGCGGCCGAACAGACUCUGCGGUCCGAAAUGUCCCAGCUGCCCAUAGACAUCACUGUCUUGCAGACGGUCGCCACGGGUGGCGAAGACGGUUUCCCUCAGGCGGAGGUAGGCGGCGGGAGGCGGGGCCCGGCCCCGAUGCGGCCUGAGGAGGUUCGGGGAGGCCCGGUGGCGGCGGCUGCGGCCCGGAGAGGCCCGGUGGCGGUGGCCAGGGGAGGCCCGGCAGCGGCUAGAGGAGGCCCGGCGGCAACGGCCAGGGGGACCCCAGCGGCGGCAGCCAGGGGAGCCCCGGCGGCGGCGGCCAGGGGAACCUCGGUGGCGGCGGCGGCAAGGGGAGCCCAAGCGGCGGCGCCCAGGGGAGCCUCGGCGGCGGCGGCGGCCCGAGAAGGACCGGCGGCAGCGUCGGCGGCCCGCGGGGGACCGGUGGCCAGGGAAGGCCAGUUGGGGGCGGUAUCCAGGGAAGUCCGGAUGGCAGAGGUCGCCCGAUUGUUGGGGGAGCCCCUGGAAGAAGAGGGUCCUGAGAACAGGCCCAGGUCCAGAGCUAGUCAGGCCGCGAAUCUGGCUGCGUUGCCGUAUCUUCGCCUCCGUCACCCACUUAGCGUUUUAGGAAUUAAUUACCAGCAGUUCCUCCGCCAGUAUCUGGAAAAUUACCCAAUAGCCCCGGGCAGAAUACAGGAGCUUGAAGAACGCCGCAGGCGAUUUGUAGAAGCCUGCAGAGCCAGGGAAGCAGCAUUUGAUGCUGAGUAUAUGCGUAAUCCUCAGAGAGUGGAUUUUGACAUUUUAACAUUUACCAUAGCUCUGACUGCAUCCGAGGUUAUCAAUCCUCUGAUAGAAGAACUUGGUUGUGACAGGUUUAUCAACAGAGAAUAAAAAAAAGUGACGCAACAGCUCCAAGACAGCCUCUGCAUUCUCGUCAAACCAUUCCUGCAACUUGAUUUUGAAUAGUCCAAGUGUAUUUGGAACAAGGCAGUACAUAGUUGGAGGAAAGGGAAGAUUACCAUGAAAAAGCACCAGAAAAUAUUUAAAAUGUGGAAAGCAUUGUAAGACUACUGUACCGUUUUUAGACUUUGUGAUGGAUCCAGAUUCUUUCUCUUGCUUUAUAGAAAAUGUCUCUCAACAUGGCUUCAUUAGAAAGAAAAGGAUAGUUUUAUGAAACUGAGACUUGGUGAAGAAAACUUGCCAAUAUUAAAGCCCAUGAUGAAGAAAGAAAUUAUCAGAUAGUCAUUAUAAGAAUAAAGAAUUACCGCUGUUUUUAGGACUGAAAGGCUAUGGUAAGAAUUUGACAUUGUCAGAAUAUGUGCUCUCAUGUCAUAUUCAUCAAAAAUUUUUAGUGUCAGGCUGAUUUUCUGAUUUCUGCGGCAUGUCAAAUGGCAAGCAAAGUAAAUAUUGUACAUAUUCCAUGAUAAAUUGUGUUUUCAAAAAUACCAAACUUCUGGAUUUUCCUUUCAUUCAGUUAUCUAUUCACUAACCCCAAGAAUAUGAAAUCAACAUUGAAAUGUCUUCUAUCUCUAUACCCCUUCACCCAGUGCCUACACAACUUUUGCCAGUAACCAUAGUUCCUUUUCUGUCCUACUUUGAUUUUGUAUACACAACCAAAUGUAAACCUAGAUUUAUUCUUUUUCACUUCUUCACAAAAGUUGGCAUAUUGCUUUUCAUUAAGAUCCUUCCAAAUCACUAUACUUCCUUAUUCUUUUUUUAGAGCUGCUUUUCUUUCCAUUCUGUUGAUGUAUUGUCACUAGCCAGAAAUAUAUUGAUGGACAUUUAGUUGCUUUCCAUCAUUUGCUAUUGACAAAAAAACUGGCUAUAGUAUUUCAUUUUCUAUAUAUAUCAUAUGGGAUGUGUGCAGAUACAGUAUGGCUUCAAUUCUAAAUGUACUUUUCAUAUUUUAAAAUCUCAAAUUGGGAUAUUAUUUACAUUUGGUGGUGUAAUGUAGCAUUUUUCCUGAGGUUUUCAUAAAAUUUACACAUCUUAUAAUCUUAGAUUCUUUGUUAAAUAUAAUAUAUAUAGGAUGAAUUUACAGAAGUGAGAAUUCUGGGCCAAAAUACUCAUUUGAAAUUUUAUAGAUAUUGCUAAGGUGAUAUACGUAUAUCACUUUCCACUCCCCCAAGCAAUUAAUAAACAUGAUCAUUUCCUUACUGUUUAGCCAAUACUAAACUAUCAAAUAUGUGGCUCUUACCAAUUUGAUAGUUGAAAAAAUGGAAUAUUUUUAAUUUGCUUUUCUUUGAUGUUAAAUUUAUAGUUAUAUACCCUUUAUUUAAAGAGUUAUAUACCCUUUUCUGUGAACUAUAUAUUCAUAUUCUUUAUCCAUUUCUCUCCCAAAUAAUUUUGUCAUUUCUUUAUUGACUCUAGUAGUUCAUUAUGUACCAGUGAUAGAAGGUAUGAUAAUAUCUUGUGAUAUGUUACAAAUAUUAUUUUAUGGGGGCCGGGGAUUUAGCUCAGUGGUUUUGUCGCCUGCUGCACAAGCACAAGGACCCAAGUUCAAUCCCUGGUACCAAAAAAAAUAUAUAUAUAUAAUUUUC